UUCAGCGGUGAACGAUGGCAGACCCGUCGAGCAGAAAUCUUCAGGUACCGGAGAGAGAAGUGAACAAGGCGGAAGAGGCACGGUUAGAAGCAAGUCAACAGCAGCGACAACAAAAGCAACAAACUAGAAAACUGACGAAAAGAGAAUUCUGUCUGAUAGUUGUCAUUGUUCUAUUAACUUUGGUCAUCUGUGGAUUAGUUGGGUUUAUAAUCGGUUGGUUUCUUUGGCCACAUUCCACACCAGCGUCCAAGGUGCCAUCGGAAAAUGACGGAGUUAACCGAAACAAGGCGGUGGACAUCGACGACGUGCGGAUAGUUAACGAAUCCACAGACGCCGAUGACGCCGGCGUUGAACAUUUUAAUAAUGAGUCGAUAUGUUUGACGCAGGGCUGUUUGCAGGCAGGUUUACACCUCUUGGAAAAAAUGGAUCUUACUGCGGAUCCAUGUAGGGAUUUCUGGAGAUUCGCUUGCGGCAAAACGGAAGCGCGCAAUGCAAUAUUUCCUUUGAAAAGUCCUACGGAUCCAAUCCUACUCCUGGAAAAUAUCGUCAAAGAAAACGUCUUGAAAUUACUUCAGUCUAAAGUGGGGAGAAUCGGGAAGAGAUCUUCGGAACGUAAAGUGAAACAGCUGUUUGCCGGAUGCAUGGAUGCCGAAGCUAUAGAGAAACAAGGAAGGAAGGAAUUUGUCGAGGUCGUGAGAAAACUUGGCGGAUGGCCAGCCAUAGGUUUAUGGAGCAAGGAAAAGGUACGAGACUGGAAGCUGUCUGAGCCAAUGAGGCAACUUCAGUUGGCCUUUGACACAGAGGUCUUGUUCAAGUGGAAACUAAUACCUGAUUUAGACAAUCCAGAAAAGUAUAUCAUACAGUUGUCUGAGGGAGGCCUGACUCUACCGGACUGGAAGUUGUACCUGGAGAACUACGCGAGCCCAGUUCUGACGGCAUACCGGAACUUCCUCAAGGCGUCUGUUGUCCAUUUGGGAGCAGCGGGCAAACCUGCAAGCAGAUUCAUACAGGAUGUUUUCAACUUCGAGAGAAAACUGGCAAAAAUUUUCGCGACUGAAUCGGAGAAGGCGGAAAGGAAGGCGUACAACAAAACCACUAUCAGAUCGCUGAUUGCUAUGUCAUCGGAGGUAGACUGGACAAGAUUCUUCCGGUCUUUCCCAAACACAACUUCAUCCACCGAAGUCUUGUUGACAAGUCCCCAAUACUUUUCCAACCUAUCACUACUCGUGUCGACGUCGUACCCGAGAAUUCUCCAGAAUUAUCUUGUGUGGAGAUUACUGUACAAAGUAAUGCCGUUCAUGUCUCAGAAACUUCGUGAUGCCAAAGUCGAACUAAACUUGAAGAUGACAGGCAGAUCUGUGACGGCAGAGAGGAAGGACGACUGUUUACAGCUGAUUAACAACUACAUGGGUUUGGCGAUAGGAACUCUGUACAGUAAGACAACCACGCAACGUGAAAAUAAAAAAUUUGUGCAGCAUAUGGCAGAAACUAUCAAGGAAACAUUCGUGACAUCAGUGGACUCAAUUCGCUGGAUGGACAUUGAUACGAAAACAAAAGCUUUAGAGAAGGCAGCUUCUCUGGGAGUGGAGGUCGGGUACCCAGAUCAUUUGAGAGUAACAUCCAUCAUUGACAACUUCUACUCGGAUUUCAACGUUCAGCACAACCAAACAUUUUUUGAGAUGUUGACCAGCGUUUUGCAUUCGAGCGUUCAGAAGUGCCUAGAGCGAGCUGGGAAACCUGUGGACAAAACUCAGUUUAGCUGGGAUGGUGUCAAUGCACAUACUGUCAGGACUAGUUACAACACAAGGACAAACGUUAUAGUUUUACCUGGUGGUCUAUUACAAAAGCCCAUUUUCCAGCGCUCUCUACCAGAUGCUAUCAAUUUUGGUACGCUUGGAACAGUCAUGGCGCGGGAAAUGGUGGCUUCUUUGAUAACAGAAGGCUCAGACUUCGACGCGGAAGGAAAACUGAAUCCAUGGUGGACCAAUGACACUAGUCUGGCAUUCCAGAACGAGGCUGAGUGCAUGACUGGGGUGUUGAGUAACUCACAAAGUCCGAGCUCUCAUGGAAAUGUCGCUCCGGAAGAUAAUCCGAGGUUAUUAAACGAGGAUAUCGCCGAUAUAGGAGGACUGAUUUUGGCCUACAAGGCUUGGGAAAUCAACAACAACAAUGCAAACAAAAUUCCAGGAGCUAAUUUAACACCACAGCAAGGAUUUUUUGUUUCAUUUGUGCAGGGUCGAUGUGAAAAGUCUCCUUCAAGUAGUUUAUUCAACGCUCUAAAGGAGCCAUCAAUGUUUGGAUUCGAAGAAUUUACAGAUGUCUUCCAGUGUCUUCCUGGUCCACCGGUGACCCCGGGGGAGGAGUGCUCCAUUUUGUAGAAUAGGGUGAAGGGUGCUGUUUUUUACCUUCUUGGAAAACAUCAUGAAGAAAAAUUAUCCCCUGUGACAUCUCUUAUGCUAAAUUUUGGGAACAACCUUGUCCAAUCCAGGACUGUCAUAAUCACUGAGGACAUUCGACAGGGUUAAAAGAUCAACGCCAGGCUUGGGUCUGCUGUCGUAACACAUCGUACAUUCACUACCUGGUUACAAUGUAGACAGAAGUUUGUGUGAAAAUGGUCAUUGAAACAUGAAUGGGAGUUUAUCUGUAUAAAGAGCAGUCAUCAGCCGUUAUGGCCUCAGGCCAUUUAACCGAAUAUUUUGCAUACAAACUCACUUUUGACAGCCCAUCAAACUUUCGUUUGUUAGAUGUUUUAUACUGCACUAACUGCUAGCGACCAAGCGGUGCGAAGCUCAGCGUUCAUUAGCUGCCUGUGGAAAACACGAUUCGGCGCGAGUUAAUCGUGGUAAUUUUUCAAGACACUCCACCCAUUUUUGUGGGCGGAAAUACUUCACCCAUUACCAUUUUCCAACAAAAUCUCCU